GGCUGUGAUUAAUCCGAAUUCGACCGCACACAAAGCUCAAAUUCUAAAACUUUACUUAAGCGAUAUCGAGCCGCUUACCACUUUUCUACUUAUAUAUUAACACUAACACUCCACCAAAACACAACCAAACAAUAAAAAAGAUGAGCCAGCAGCUCUUUGAACUCAACAAUGGAACCAUUCAUCUCCAUCUCACCAACUAUGGCGCCACCAUCACAUCCCUCUUUGUUCCCGAUAACCAAGGGAAGCUUGAUGAUAUUGUUCUUGGGUUUGAUUCAAUCGAAGCCUAUAUGAAAGGGAAUGCACCUUAUUUCGGUUGUAUUGUGGGACGGGUCGCGAAUAGAAUCAAGGACGGGAAAUUCUCCCUGAACGGGGAGGAGUACUCUUUGGCUAUAAACAAUGGCCCAAACAGUCUCCAUGGUGGUAAUAAGGGAUUCGACAAAGUGAUGUGGGAUAUUGUGGAACAUAAUAAAAGCAGCGAUCAACCGUCAAUUACUUUCAAAUAUGAAAGUCAUGACGGCGAGGAAGGAUAUCCCGGAGAUGUUAUUGUAACUGCUAAGUAUACACUAACCUCAAGCAAAUCAUUGAGGCUGGAGAUGGAAGCAGUUCCAAAAAAUAAGUCUACUCCAAUUAACUUAGCUCAGCACACCUACUGGAAUUUAGCGGGCCACAGUUCCGGGAAUGUGCUAGAGCAUUUGGUUCAAAUAUGGGGAUCCAAAGUAACGCCAGUAGACCAGAACUCGAUCCCUACUGGAGAAUUCUUGCCGGUUAAGGGCACAGUUUUUGACUUCACUUCAGAAAAGCAAGUUGGAAGCUCAAUCAGUGAAGUCGAGGGUUUAGGGUAUGACCAUAACUAUGUCCUUGAUAGCGGAGAACAUAAAGAAGGCCUAAAACAUGCAGCUAAGGUGAAGGACCCUUCUAGUCGUAGAGUGUUGAACUUGUGGACUGAUGCUCCUGGCAUGCAGUUCUAUACUGCAAAUUAUGUCAAUGGCGUUUCUGGAAAAGGCGGUGCUGUCUAUGACAAACAUUCAGGAGUAUGUUUUGAGACUCAGGGCUUUCCAAAUGCUGUUAACCAACCAAAUUUUCCUUCAGUUGUAGUUCAUCCUGGAGAGAAGUACAAGCACACUAUGUUGUUUGAGUUUUCAGUUGAGUAAAUUUAUUGUGCUUCCAAUAAGGAUCAUAGAGGUAAUUUUGAGCUUUAUUUAAUUAAUCUUAUUGCUUUUUUAUCCAUGGGAGCCUAAUUUGUUGAAGUUGGAUUUUUAGAUAGAUUUCCAUUAACAAUUUUACUAGUGAAAUAUCAUGAUUUACAGUUUUCCAGUA